AUGGCAUGUGAAAGUAAAAUGUAAAAGAAAAAUAACAUGCUAAUUCGUAAUAAAAAUAAUGUGAGGUCUAUUACUCCUUGCCUUGUCCGUAAAGAUGAGUUAUCGUCUUUUGAAAUUUACCUUUAAAAGAUUCAGACUCCUUCUUAAUAAAAUCAAUAUCAAAAUUAGAAUGAACCCCAAACAAGAUCAUAAAAUAAGAUCUACUAGGAAUUAGAUUAGGGUUAAGGAGAUUAACUAUGUGCAUAGAAUUUACUACUUUAAGCUCAAGGAAUAGUUAGUAAAGAUAAGACUCAUUUGAGCACUCCAGCUUAAGCAGAAAACAUUCUUUUGAUGUAUCAAGAUAUAUUUAAAAAUGAAAACAAUAGAUUUAGAAGUUUGACUCCUAAUAAUAGAUGGUCUAAGCAAAAAGGUAUGAUAAGAUCAAGAAACGAAAACUAAUAUAUAAUAAAUUAACUGUAAAAUAAAACAAAUAUUGCUAAUUAAAAUAAAGAUUUAUUAAUAAUGACUAACUAUUGGGAAAAAAAGUAACAAGAAAGUUAGUAGAGCUAAUAUCAUGAUAACAAUUAAUCUAAUUGCUCACCUCUUCCAUCUAUUCCUCUUUCAAGCUCUCCCAUUAACUUAAAUUAAGGAAGCCACUUUCUUUAGGAUUCAAAGUCUAAUUUAUAAAAGUAAAACUACUUUACAAGUCCAAAUAAUUAUAAAAGACAACAAGAUAGUCCUUAUAAAAAGGCACAUACUCAAUAUCAAGUUAGCUAAGUGAUAAAUAAAAGUUAAGGAUAACAUUAAAUUAAUUUAUAAGAUUCUCCCCUUAAAAAUGGUGGAGAGACUGCUCAUUUUAACAAUUAUUUGCAAGAUACAAUUAUGAAAUACAUUUAGCAACAACCUAUUUAAGAUAAUUCAAAUAAUACUAAUCCGACAGGAACUUACUUAAGAAACUCAAUAUUUGAAAAUUCAUUUUUAGCUGAAAAGUAAAAAAGUUUUUGUUAAAAUAGUUUAAAUUCUAAAUAAAGAUCUGUUACUCCAUCACCAUUAUCUCACAAUAAAAACAGUGAAAUAGUAAAUAACAAUAAAACUAGAAGGUAACUGAAGUUGAACAAAUCUAAUAUAAACUUCUUUGCUGAAUAAAAUAUACCAAUUCCCUCACCUAAUUAGAAUAAAAGAAUACAAACAUAACCAAAUGAAAGUUUUGAAGAUAAUCUCUUUUUCAUAAAAUAUAAUGAUGAAAAUAUAUUUAAUAAUAAUCAAAAUAGCAUUCAUCCACCAAAAAAUACUCCUUAAUAAAAUGUUAAAGUAAUAAAAAAAACUUUAUAGAAUAUAGUUUUACCUGAUAAUUAAGAAGGAUUAUCUCAGCUAGAAUAUUAAAAUAGUAGCGAAUAAAUUUAAUUUUCUAUUAAAAAUGUAAAAAACCACCUUAAAAACCCAUCUGUGGUUUAGUUCACUCCAAAAUCAACAAUGCGAAAAUAUAGCAAAGUAUAGAGAUUUAUUCCUAUAUAAAAUAGAAUUAUAAGAUAUCCAGCAUUUGUAAAUAUUAUGCAUAAUACUACAAGGGACUAAACAUUCUCAACACUAAAAAAAAAUAAAUUAAUAAAAGAAGAAGAAAUAAAAAAUUUUAUUUGA